ACUCGCUCUCUCUCUCUCACACAUGCUGCCUGGAUCCGUCCCCCACCGCACAGGCUGUGCUCUCUUCUGCCGCUAGCUGCCAGCUCUCUCUCACUGAGACCGAGACAUACAGGGAGCCGGAGCAUCUUAGCAGCUGGACCAAAUAGCGCAGCAGCGUUCAGCAUAAAUUUGAAUAUUGCACCUCUACAAAUAUAAAUUAAGACCAACAGUCGGUAGAGACACCAUCCUACAAUGCAUUUUAAAACUUCCAAAAUGAGUUUGGAAUUGACUGAUAUGCAAAGCAUGAAUACACCAGAGGAUGACAACAUAAGUAAUGAUUCGAAUGAGUUGAUAAAUGUGGACAACCCUAGGACGAGUAGUACAUUUAUUGCUGAUCGAGAAAGUAGAAGGAGCCUAACCAACAGUCAUGUGGAAAAAAAAAAAUGUGAGGAUUAUGUAAGUAGUCCUGGCAGGACCUCCAUUGGAAUGUCUGUCUUUAACCUGAGUAAUGCUAUUAUGGGCAGUGGGAUUCUGGGUCUGGCAUACGCCUUGGCUAAUACGGGUAUUAUUCUUUUUGUGAUACUUUUGACUUCAGUUACACUUUUAUCAGUAUACUCCAUAAAUCUUCUGUUGAAAUGCUCACUGGAGACAGGUUGCAUGGUAUAUGAAAAGCUAGGAGAGCAAGUAUUUGGUACUCCAGGUCGGUUACUAGUCUUUGGAUCAACUUCUCUACAGAACACUGGAGCAAUGCUAAGCUACCUGUUUAUAGUAAAAAGUGAAUUGCCCUCUGUCAUUGCAUUUUUGUUAGGAAAAGAGCCUGAUGCAAGCUUUUGGUAUAUGAAUGGUUCCAUUCUUGUGAUUAUUGUAACAGUUUUCAUUAUACUUCCAUUGUGUCUUCUCAAGAAUCUAGGUUAUCUUGGUUACACCAGUGGGUUUUCCUUGACUUGCAUGGUUUUUUUUCUUGUGGUGGUAAUCUAUAAGAAAUUCCAAAUACCAUGUCCAUUGCAAGAUGUGAAUGAAACUUCACAUGUGAUUCAAAAUGGAACAACUGAGGAUAUGUGCAAGCCCCACUACUUUACUUUUAAUGAUAAGACUGUUUAUGCUUUACCAACAUUAGCAUUUGCAUUUGUAUGCCAUCCAUCAGUCCUCCCAAUAUACAGUGAACUGAGAGAUCGCUCUCAAAAAAGAAUGCAGUUGGUUUCCAACAUCUCCUUCUUUGCAAUGUUUGUUAUGUAUCUUUUAACUGCAUUGUUUGGUUAUCUGACAUUUUAUGGUACUGUAAAAUCUGAGUUACUUAAUGCAUACCAGAACAAACAUGAUAUUCUCAUCUUGACUGUGCGUCUGGCUGUCAUAAUUGCAGUAAUACUUACUGUACCAGUACUAUUUUUUACUGUGCGCUCUUCACUCUUUGAACUAGCACGGAAAACAAAAUACAACUAUUGGCAGAACAUUUUAGUAACAAUAAUUCUUUUGGCUUUGGUUAAUGUUCUGGUCAUUACCAUACCAUCUAUGAAGGAUAUCUUUGGAGUAGUGGGUGUAACAUCUGCCAAUAUGUUGAUCUUCAUUCUUCCUUCAUCCUUAUAUUUGAAAAUCUCCAAAGAUUCUCCAGGACUCUUCAAAGAUAGGUUGUGGGCAUUUAUUUUCCUGUCAUUAGGAGUGUUAUUCUCCUUAGUCAGCAUUCCCCUUGUGAUCUACGACUGGAUUAGCUCAUGAGACUUCAGUGAAGGUCACUAGUCCCAAUGAAACUGCUGCUUGUUGCUCUCCAAUAUCACAAACACAUCUGUUGUUUCAAGGGCACUGUAGUUGGGAAGAAGUCAUACGUUACUGUUUCUUCUUUAUUUGUAAUUGUAGAGCUAUUUCGUGUAUCUUCUAUGUGUUUUAUACAAGCCAUGCUAAUUUACAUAUUUCUAGCCUAUUACCUUUUUAAGCUCAUCUUGUAUUUCUACCUUUGAUCUGUUUAAUCUGACAUUGACUGUCAUUCUCAACACUGUAUCAUAGCUUUUUCUUAAUAUUUAAAGGAGAACUGAAACCCUAAAUGGAAAAUGGCGUAUAAUGUAUUUUAUAUAGUGAACUCAUUGUACCAGCCCAGACUUCAUCAGUUCUAUACAAGAUUCUAUACAAUGAUCCAGGCCUUCAAAGUUGUCCUCAGGAACUCACCAUCUUUUAAGUGCCAGUGACACUGCACAUGUAUAGUGUGCCCUUGGCAGUGGUUAGAAAGCUAAGAUUAGGGUGUGUCAGAAAUUAUCAAGCAGAAAAUAAAAGCUGAUGCUACAUGGCUGAUAUAAUUAAAUUAUGAUGCAGAAAUAACUGUUUGCAGAGUUCCCAUGUAAUGUAAAUCUAAAUUAAUUACUAAUUGGCUUUGUUUUGUGACUUUUUAUACUGUAUAGUUUGUGUGUUAGAGCAACCCAGAGCAUAUGCUGUGGAUCAGCAGAAAAAUGUUGGUAAUCUAUUGAGAGCACCUUUGGAGGCACAGAUCUUCAUUGCUGAAAGCCUGUGCUAUUAGUUUAGUAGAAGAGCCCAAAACACAUUGUGGAGAAUGUUUAGCCUAAUUCUUUGAUAAGCCUUAGUUCUCCUUUAAAAUAAUUCUAUGCAAAUAUGCUCGCUUCCUCCCAGCUUAUUGUUUCCAGUUAUGUAUUUUCACUGAUCCUUACCUAGAGGGUUGGUUAUUGUUUCUAUGGUUACAUAGAUUAUGGUGACUCAAAACAUAGCUUUUGUGUUUGAUUCUAUGCUAAGCAAUUGUGCAGGUCACAAAGUGCUUCAUGCUAUUUACAUCUUCAGCCCUGGUGGCAAAAAAAUAUUUUAAUAGUCAUUAGGUAGAAACAUUUGUUCACACAUUUAGCUUGUUUGUUGGAAAAGUAGGUAUUAAAAACCAAAAAUGAUGUACAAGCAUUGAAAUAUUUAAGACACUCUUUCUAAAUGUAAUUGUGAAUUUGUUUUACGUGAUAAUUUUGAAUGUUAUAUUGUUGUUUAUUAUUUUCUAAUUAGGUAGCUCUACAAAAAAUUGAUGGACAGAUAACCUUUUGCUUAAACAUGACAGUAUCAGACUGGGCUGGGGGGGAUAUUGGGGAAAAACCUGGUGGGCCUUGACCACCUGGACAGUCCCCUCUCCCCUGAUCACAGCCACAAAUUUAAGAAAUUAAAAGGUAUGUGGUAUGCAGUGCACUGGGAAGUGGGGGGGGGAGGUUUGGGGGCAGAUGCCAGGAUAAGGACCCCUAUGUUCACAAUCAGGGCCUUGAAGUUACAGCCCCAGAUGCCCCAUUCCUACCUUGAUAACAGUUGUUUGUAUAUAAGCAUUUCCAGAAUAACAGCUGUGACCUUUUUCUCUACAACUUCCUGCACUUUAUAACAGAACAGCUGUAUAUUUUCUUGCAGCUUUCUGCACCUGAUCAUAUACUGUUACAGAACAGCAGCUGCAGCUUUGUAUUCCCUGCAACUCCCUGCCCCUGGUCAUAUACUGUUCCAGAACAACAGAUUUGUUUUACUUGCAACUACCUGUAUCAUGUAUCAGUGUGCAGGAAAAGUAUAUGAUCCAGUGCAGGGAGUUGCAGAGAAAACAAGCUGUAAUUCUAGAAUUGGACAACAGUACAUACUUAUGUGUACUGUUUGUAUAUCUUUUAUAAUUUAAUAAUAGAUGCAGGGAGUUGCAUAGUGUGUACCAAUGUUUUGUGGACUAUAGAUUGUUUUGUCCACUUGGCACGUUCAUUUGUAAAUCAUGCACAUUUGCUUUGCAACAUACCAUUGCACUAUAAACAUAUUUUCUUGCAUUUUA